UGGAUCGCUCUCUUGGCAUCUCUGCCCAAAGGCCCUCCUCCUGCCUCAAAACGACCCCGUUACACGCCUCAGCCAGUGAGUCAGCCAGCUCCCAAUGUAGCAAAAUCGCUAAAACCCAUUGAAGCCAAAGUACCGGAUAUUUGGUUCGAUGAUGUGGACGAAACAUUGUUAGAUCCGGAAGAUUUAGAAUUACUCCGUAAAAACGACACGAAGUCAGCCUCUGGUAUUAAAAAAAACCUUGACACAAGCCAGAGUUCGGAACCAUCGGAAAAAACUGGUUUGGUCAAGGAGAAAGGAUUCAAAGGAUUGACCAAGAUUAUUGCUAUUGAUUGUGAAAUGGUUGGCGUUGGACCUAAGGGGACGAAUUCGAUUCUGGCUCGAGUGUCCAUCGUUAAUCAUUUUGGCCAUUGCAUUUUCGAUAAGUAUGUCAAGCCCAUGGAAAAGGUCACGGACUAUCGUACUGCUGUAAGUGGGAUCCGUAAACAGGAUCUCGUAAAUGGCGAGGAUUUCAAAUCCGUCCAGAUGGAAGUGGCCAAGAUGUUUCAGGAUCGAAUUGUGGUUGGACAUGCAAUCAAGCACGAUCUCGACGUGUUGCUGUUGACCCAUCCCAAAAGAAUGAUUCGAGACACAUCCAUGUGCAAACCUUUCCGCGCGGCCUUCAACAAUCGAACUCCAAGUCUCAAAAAGCUCUCUGCUCGAAUGUUGGGGGUUAGUGUUCAACAAGGCGAGCAUUCUUCCGUUCAAGAUGCUCAAGCCACAAUGAGGUUGUACACAAUGUUCAGGAAGGAGUGGGAGCAGGGUCUAAAAAAGCCCAAAUCCGGAUUGUCUACGGCAUCAAAAACCACCGAGAAGGCUAAAAUCAAGGCGACCACUGAAGUGGCCGUGAGCAUUAAAAGGAUGACCCAAUAUGAGGAUAGUGAUUCUGAAUAACAAUGUAAAAUAAAGUUGAUUCACCCAG